AUGGAGAUGCUACCACUCGAAAUAUUUGACCCGAUAAUCGCCUACGUCAAAGAGAGCGAAUACCGAAAAUCCGAGCGCUUCCUGGGACUCCUCUUUCCCUGCUUCGAAGUGUUUGAAGAGGAUGAAGAGCCAAUGGAAGCUGAGCACUGA